AAUGAGUAAUAUAUUGAUGUGUAUAGUCACGCAUUCACAAGUGGCUGAAACUGAACGGCGAUAAAAGGGCAUUUGCAGUUUAAAUCAAUGCCAAACAAUGGAAAAAUACUCAAGGAAUAGAAACGUUAAAUAUGAAAGCGAAACCACCAGUUUAAGCGAAGUUUUGAAAACUAUGGAUUUUCCUAUAGUUGUAAGAAUUUCUAAGAUGAAUGAACUUGCAGGAACAUGUUUAGUAGAAAACAAAGAAGUCUUAUUUCAAAGGCGGUUGAAAAUAAAAUGCGCACAGGUUAGAAUUUUGGAUUUCAACGAUAAAGAAAAUUUACUAGAAGCAAAGGGUGUUGAUUUCAUGAUGGAACAUGGCAAUUUUGUUGAUGAUGAAUAUCUCAUACCUAUGAAGUACAAUGGAACACUCAAGUUUGUUCACAGACCAGGCGGUCGGAAAAGAUAUUCUUCUAUAUCACAGGUUCUCCAAGAAUUACCCCGAUUUGUGCUGGUAGAAGAAGACACAGGUUCCAUGCCAUCAAAUGGCAUAGGUAAAAUCAUUAUCAUACCCGCAAAGACAAUUCUUGAAGUUGUUAGAAAAUUCAACGAAGGUGGAGUAACGUAUUUACAAUGCAGUGAUGGCCACGACUCGUACGCUUUCAGUGAGAAGGAAAGAGUAAGCUUCACAGAAGUCGAAGAUGAAAAGUUAUAUCAUCUAUUUGAGCUUGUGCGUCUUCAAUUAUUACCAAAAGCAUUUAAGUUCCUAGAUGUAGAUCCAACAGAUAUAGUACUAAUGAAUGAGGAGCUGAAUAGUGGCUUAUUAACAAUGGUUGAGGGACCAAUUGAAUUAAUGCGUUUUGUUGAUGUUGACAUAAUCGUUGGCUGGGUUAGAAAUAACAAAAAGAAAACAUAUGAAACCUGUGUAAUUCCAAGCAAUCUUUGGCCAUUGAUUCAACUUCAAACACAAGCAUUUCCUGACCAAAAAGCGAAGCACACUUACAUUGACAGAAAAUACGGUCACUGCAUACACUCUGACUUUGUAGAGAGGAGUCUAUAUAUACUACCUGUGAAUCAGUCUGCGAUUACCUGGCUAAGAAGUCCUGAUUUGUACGAGCGCAAUUAUUCGGGAAAAGCACUGUUUGAUGUGGUUUAUAUUGAUUUUCAAGCCUCGUCUGAGGAUGACGACGAGACAAUUGGUGAUGAUAUCGGAGACGUUGACUGUCCUCCACCAUUACCAGGUAAACAUUUUGGACAAAUACUUCUGUUUCCAUAGUGAGAUCUUUAAAUGUUGUGCCAGUUUGGAAACUAAGAAAUAAACUUUUUAAAUUGCAUAGUAAAUAAAGCAUUUGUUCUAAAAUAACGUUUAAGAAUAUCUAAUUCGCCACAAACAGCCAAAUGGGGAGACUUAACACUUUAUUAUGGCAAUGUCCACAUUUCGCAGGCCUUAUAACAAAUUUUGACAGAAUUUAGCCUAUUUACUACUCCGUGUUUUGUUCAGUCGAAAACAUCAAGAGGCUAGUAAAUAUUGAUUUUUUUGUCAUACCAAAAUGUAUAAUUGGAAUUUCUAAUCAAUCAUAUUUUCAUGCUUACAUGGCUGCUAGAAGAUAGAGUAGAAACAUAUAAGUUCAUCUUUAUUUUUUUGCAAUUAUUUUGUUUUUCAGAAAAACCAGAGAUGCUAGAUCUCCAUGUUCCUUCACAAUUACUACCUGAAGUAAAGAAGAAAAUGUCACUUUUUGGGAAAGUCCAUAAAGAGUUAAUGAGUUGGUUCUUAUCAAAAUAUCUGCAGCCGAGAAACAAAAGAAAGAAAAGUAAAGACGAACGUUCAGAUACUCACUCACAGAAGCAUAUAACGGCCAAACGGACGUCUAAGAAUAGAUCUAGACACUCUUCAGAAAGUAAUGUAAGGGACGGUCCUGGUACUAAACACUAUAAAAAACAACUAACUGGCGCCAAAUCUGCAUUAAGCCAAAUGAAAUUCCCGUCGGUCGAUUCAAUUAUCGAGGAAAGUCAAUACCAACAUGCCGAUGAAAUGUCUGCUCGACUUGUGAAAUCCAGUGAAAACAUACGCGAAGUAUCGCCAACACCGCCAUUUUCAUGUAGUUCUUUUACCAUGUCUGGUGCAAACUCAGAUUCCGAUGAAUCGGACUCGUCACGUAGUUAUGACUAUCCAGUUUUUGAAACGUUUGUCUCUCAAGCGCCUGAUUCUCUUCAACAUCACUCAGCGACCGAUUCAAACGUAGUCCAAGCCGAUGUGCAAGGCACGGUGUCAGAUUCACAAAACAGAGACAUAACAGACAGGUAUGCAACGACUCCAUUUAAUGAACAGUCUACUGAAGGAGAGAAUCUAAUUUUGUCAGUUGCACCCCAAGGAAGAGAAAAAGAAGCAUUGUCAUGUGUACCAGAAAGCGAUGGAUAUGACAUUUCAGUGCCAAGUUCAAACAGUAACUACAUACUAGAAACAAAUGAGACAGAGGAUAGGUUUUAUCAAUAUUCGGUUUUGGAGACCGCACAAUGCUUCAGACAUUGUGGUCUUGGAAAGUUUGCAGAUGACUGUUUGAAGAACAGACUGGAUGGCUCGUUUUUCAGAAACUUCGAUCUGCAAGUCAUGAAAGGAGAUCCCUUCCAUCUAUCCAUCUUCGAGGUUCUGAAAGUCAGAAAAAUAAUAUUCGAUGGUUGGAGACCGAAAAUCGGCAACUAACAUCGACUGGAUAUUAGUUGAAUUUAUACCUGGUCCAGUUAUUUUGUAUGUUUAUAUUGGGUUUUCGGACGUAUGCUAGAAUUUGGUGCGAAAAUUGUCCCAAUAACAGAAUUUCUUCAAACUUUGGAUAUUGAAGGACAAUCAUCUAAGAAACAAAACAAAAAUGCAAUAAAAAUCAUAGGUCACCGGUAUCGAAAAAGAGUUAUCUGCCCUUGAAAACGGCAUUUCCCCCAAAAAUGACGUUUUCAAGGGCAGAUAACUCUUUUUCGAAUCCGGUGACCUAUGGAUUUUAUUGCAUUUUUUUGUUUCUUAGAUGAUUGUCCUUCAAUAUCCAAAGUUUGAAGAAAUUCUGUUAUUGGGAAAAUUUUCGCCCAUCUCAUAUACAGGGAAUUCUAGCGUACGCCUUUAACGCCGUUUUUAAUCCCCCGCCGUGGCGGAGGGAUUAUAAGAAUGGUCUGCGUCCGUCCUUCCGUCCGUAACAAAAUCGUGUCCGGUCCAUAUCUCCUAAACCCCUUGAAGGAUUUUCAUGAAACUUGGGUCAAAUGAUCACCUCAUCAAGACGAUGUGCUGAACCCAUGAGUCAGCCUUGUCGGUUCAAGGUCAAGGUCGCAACUCAAGAUCAAAUGUUUGAGCCUUCCAUUUUGUGUCCGCUCUAUAUCUCUUAAACCCCUUGAAGGAAUUUUAUAAAACGUGGGUCAAAUGAUCACCUCAUCAAGACGAUGUGCAGAACCCAUGAGUCAGCCAUGCCGGCUCAAGUUCAAGGUCACAACUCCAGGUCAAAUGUUUGAGCCUUCCAUUUUGUGUCCGCACUAUAUCUCUUAAACCCCUUGAAGGAAUUUUAUAAAACUUGGGUCAAAUGAUCACCUCAUCAAGACAAUGUGCAGAACCCAUGAGUCAGUCAUGCCGGCUCAAGGUCAAGGUCCUAACUUAGGGUCAAAGGUUUGAGCCUUCCAUUUUGUGUCCGCUCUAUAUCUCCUAAAACCCUUGAAGGAUUUUCAUCAAACUUGGGUCAAACGAUCACCUCAUCAAAGCGAUGUGCAGAACUUAUGAGUCAGCCAUGUCAGCUCAAGGUCAAGGUCACAACUGAAGGUCAAAGGUUUGAGCCUUCCAUUUCGUGUCCACUUUGUAUCUCCUUAACCCCUUGAAGGAUUUUCAUCAAACUUGGGUCAAAUGAUCACCUCAUCAAGAACUCAUGAGUCAGCCAUGUCAACUCAAGGUCAAUAUCACAACUGAAGGUCAAAGGUUUCAGCUCUGUAUCUUCUAAACCCCUUGAAGGAUUUUCAUGAGACUUUGGUCAAAUGAUCACCUCAUCAAGACGUUAUGUAGAAAUCAUGAGUCAGCCAUGUCAGUUCAAGGUCAAGGUCACAGCUAAAAUCAAAGGUUUACCCUUUCACUAUCCAUAGCAGUGGCGGGGGAUUUAGCUGUCUUUCAAACUGCCUUGUUAAACUUAUUUUAGUUCUGUAACGACAGCAGUUACUCUAACCGAUGUUCCUGGAUUAGGUACCAGUACAAGCCUGUUCUCCACAAGUAACUGCCAACUUAUCUACAUGAAUCAGAGGUUGAGGACAAUGUCUUUUAUCAAAUCAUCAUUGAAAACAAACGCCUCGCCAACUCACGACCCUGCUUUUCGUAGAUUUGAGCUCUCUUUAUUGAGCUAAGCAGGAUUUACACCGGGCAUAAUCUUUUAAUCGCAGGUGUGGUUUUCUCACUUGUAAGUUGAUAUAUUACGGCAUCAUUGGUAGUGAAAGAUACAUAUUUCGUUUGAAUGGUAGGUGAUCAGUACAUAUCUUUGUAUAGGUAACAAAUAUUAUUUGCGAGCGACAACAGCAUUACUUUUAAUGAGAUCAAACCAAACCAAGUAUCAGUGAAGUAUACAGUAAGAGGAACGUUUGAAAUUACUUCAUAUUUGUGACAUUGUGUAAAUACAAAAAAAAAAUAACAUAGAAGAAUUAUAAAUUAGAAAAAUACAGUAAUGUGUUGUUAUUGGGAAGCAAAAUAAAUAUAGUUAGUAGUAAUCAAUAUUGGACAAA